UCUGACUACGUCAUAUCAUCAUAUACACCCAGCCUUUCUGCUCUCUUACAGGCUCAGCGCAACCCUCCGCUUGACGUCCUCCAACGGGACGGAGCAGCUGCACUACUGGUUGCGGAGCCUCAGCCUAUUGGAGAAGAAUGGGACGCGAUACCCAACACUCUGGCAGAGGUUUCAGGCGUCAAAGAACUACUGCCAUCUGCAGAAAUACUGGGAUCCUUGGAAGGGGGAGCAACUAUUCACGAGCUCAUCGAGAAGAUGCAGUCGGCUUCCGUGGUACACUUGGCGUGCCAUGGCACCCAAGACGGUAGAGAUCCCCUCCAGUCAGGGUUCGCGCUACGAGAUGGCCUAUUAACGCUCUCCCGGAUCAUGGAGCUGGACGUGCCAAACGCAGCGGUCGCCUUCUUGAGCGCGUGCGAAUCGGCGAUGGGCGACGGCAGGCUUCCCGACGAGUCGGUGCACCUCGCGGCGGCGAUGCUUUUCUUAGGUUUUCGCAGCGUAGUCGGAACUAUGUGGUACGUGUGGUGCUGUCAGUGCUCGGUGAGAGAAGCUGAUCCUGAUACCUCGCAGGGCAAUGGACGAUGA